CUCUCCCUCCAUAACAUAACAAAUCAGGAAAGAACACCACAAAGUCACUCAUAUACUACAAUUCUCUCUCUCUCUCUCUCUCUCUCUCUCUCUCUGAGGCAAGAAGAACACAGCUCGGCCAUAUUGAAUCUUCGGCAUCAGUGAACAUCUAGAAAUGGAACUGGAGUCGUGUGUCCCACCAGGUUUUAGAUUCCACCCAACAGAAGAAGAGCUUGUGGGAUACUAUCUGAAGAGAAAGGUUAACUCCGAGAAGCUUGAUAUAGAUGUUAUCAUGGAUAUUGACCUCUACAGAAUAGAGCCAUGGGACAUCCAAGACAGAUGCAAGCUUGGUUAUGAAGAACGGAACGAAUGGUACUUCUUCAGUCACAAGGACAAGAAAUAUCCAACUGGAACAAGGACCAACAGAGCUACUGCUGCUGGGUUCUGGAAGGCAACAGGAAGAGAUAAGGCUGUGCUGUCCAAGAACAGAAUUAUUGGGAUGAGGAAGACCCUAGUCUUCUACAAGGGUCGAGCACCCAAUGGGAGAAAAACUGACUGGAUCAUGCAUGAAUAUCGACUCCAAACAUCUGAAUUUGCACCUCCUCAGGAAGAGGGUUGGGUCGUGUGCCGUGCAUUCAAGAAGCAGGGUCCAAGCAGCCACCCACAAAGUUUCCAGACGUGGAAUCGCCCUUAUUAUGCAAAGGAUCAUGACAAUAUCGGAAUUCGAUCUUUCUAUUCAGAUAUUACAGUUCCUACACGGGCAACUGAAGCUUAUCAAGGAACCGAUUUUCAUUAUCAGGCAGUUAGUUAUGAGCAGGAAUUUGGAUCCAAGAGUGCUUAUGUAGAUCAUCACCAACUCAUAGAACUCCCACAGUUGGACAGUCCUACACUGUCCGCUGGUUUGGCUACCAAAGAAGGUCUGGAGAAUAUGACCAAAGAUGACUAUGAUAAUGACAGGAACAGUCAUGGAGGGAAUUUGGUUGACUGGAAGACUCUGGACAAAUUACUGGCGUCACAACUGAGUGAGGCAACAUCAUAUCAACAGUCAAAUUUGGCACUAUUGCCCCAAGAUUAUGAUGUAGAUGCUCCUCUCGUGGACUGCUUUCCUAACUUGUAGUGACAUAAGGAUGAACCUACUACAGUUUAUUCUGGAUUAUCUACUGAAAAUUAAUGGUCUAUAUGAGAGGACCCAGUUUAAUUUGCAGCUGGUGAAACAUUUUGACUAUCUAGAAUUAGGGAAAAACUGAUUCCAGAGUUGAAGAAAGAUCUCUUUUGAAAGAAUCUCCAUUCAAACUUGGCUUUUAGGUGGAGUAAUAUCCCAUUGUCCUUUGGUUUUUAUGUCAGCCUUUCAAUUGUAAAUUGUUCAUUGUCAGGCACAUUUGUAUCUUCGCUUUUUUUAAUGGU